AUGGCCACACCCAAGUUAAGCUGUGAGAUUAAGAGUGACACUGAUAAACAGUUUGUCAUGCAAAAGUUCCAGUUUAUCUCUAAACAGCCACAACAUUAUUUCUGUAUUUUGGCCCAGGUUCCAGACCUUGAUAAACUGCAGGUCAUUCACAUCAGUGGGACAAAAGGCAAAGGAUCAACCAGUGCAUUCUGUGAGAGCAUUCUUCGUCACCAUGGUUACAAGACAGGCAUGUUCAGCUCUCCCCAUCUGGUGACUGUGAACGAGCGGUUCCGUCUCAAUGGGAGGCCUGUUGCUAAGGACUUGUUCAGCCAGUACUUUUGGGAAGUCUACAAUAAGCUGGAUACCACCAAGCAUCAAGUUGAAGGCGAUCCUGAUGCUCGUCAAAUGCCAGCGUACUUCUCGUUCCUUACCGUCAUGGCAUGCCACAUGUUCCUGAAGGAAAACGUUGAUGUGGCCAUUUUUGAAGUGGGCAUAGGUGGAGAAUAUGAUUCUACCAAUUUCCUCCAGUCGCCAGUUGUGUGUGGAGUUACCUCCCUUGGAUUAGAUCACACAUCAGUCCUUGGAGACACGAUAGACAAGAUUGCUUGGCAGAAAGCAGGGAUUUUCAAACAUAACGUUCCCGCUGUCACAGUUCCCCAACCACCGGCAGCCAUGAGUGUGCUUCUCAACAGAACAAAGGAGAAAGGGGCUAGUCUGUACGUGACGCCGUCCCUGGACUCGUACAACAAUGGGGAGCCAGUCCACCUGGGUAUUGCUGGCAACAUGCAGCGGUACAACGCCACCCUCGCGCUGCAGCUGUGUAGAAUAUGGCUGGACAACCACAGAAAAGAUUUAUCAAAGAGAAAGUGGAUUUGUGAUCAAUCAGACUUGCACGAGUGGGAGAAGAUUCCAAGCUUGGAAGGCACUGUUCUCACAGAAGAGAUGAGGAAUGAAGAUGAUGUUCCUUUGGUUGAUUUGGAUCUGGAGCUGUUUUUCAACUAA